AAUUGGGAAUGUUCCACUGCGCUAAACAGCAGGGGGAGCCGGACGGUUUCAAAAUGUAUCAUAAAGACUUUAAGCAAACUUCACACCUAGAUUCAACGCAAGACUUACAGUCGUAUCUAUUUAAGAAUAUGUUUAGUAUUGUACUUUAAAAUAAAAUUAUGAAAAGGAGCGAGCGGCGCCAUAAUAAACGUAUUGGUCUCUCCUGUGUGGCAAACGCAGGAAGUGCAGAGAGACAGGCGCCUUUUCUGAGCUCAUGUUGUCAGGCAAAAAAAGUAGCCGUGAAAUAAGCAUUAAUUUUUAAUCAAAAGCAAACCACGUCAACGGAAAGUCAUCGGAAUUACGCAACAUGGCGACUAAAAAGAAGCGUACGCUGAGUGCACAAAACGACAGCUGGGUUGUUAUUGCUCCGGGUGAGUUUAAAAGACUUUCGGUUUGAGCUAAAUUAGCUAACCUGCUCUUAAACUUAGGUUGGUAACCUUGGUAACAACAGCAUGGCAAUGUUAAACUUUGAGGACAAGUGUGAAAGACACCGAGUUCAGUGUAUUCAGAGCUUUGUUUCUUUAUACACUCGACAAUGGGGAUAGUUGUGUUUGCGUUACCUUCAGUAAAGCCCCCCUCCUACUUUUAGUGGGGUCUUCUCACGGGGGUUGGAGUCGUGUGCCUGGGGAGUCCAACGUGCACUACCACCAUGUCUCUACGGUGGCUCUGAAAGGACAUUAGCAGUACUGGGGUAAAAGUAGACCCAUUAAAGGGGUGUUCCGGCGUAAAAUUAAGUCAGGCUCAAACACAGCAGUGAGAUCAUGUUUGAACACCUCAAGAGUUGGGAUACUGUGUUGCACCCUUCUAAUACCGAGCUAAGCCUCCAGAUACGUAAACUAGUCAUGCCAUGGGCACAUAUGUACGAGGUCUUUGCUUUUAUUUUGUCUUUUUGUCUCGUCUCAAGUUUUACAUCCACCCUAAUGUGUGAAUGCUUUGUGUAAACAGAGUCUCACCCUCCAGGCCCUGAAGGAGAGGAUGAGGGAAGCCUUUCUCACUUGCUUAAUAGCUGUCACCUUAUAGAUGUAUGCCACCGUAUACAGAAAAGAGCAUCUUUGAGGACUAGUCAGAUUGUUAUUUGCUUUGCUUGCAUGUUUAAUCCCUCAGUGAACUAUCUCUGACCAGGCAAGCCAAGUGAUCCCAAAUCUCCCCAAACUAAAUAACCUUUUGUUGCCAGUGCUUUGCUUUGUUUUAAGAUUGCCGACUGUGUUUUCAGCAAUAUUCAGAAGAACACUGAGGAACUUACUUUUGCUUUGUGUUCACAGACUCUGUCGUUGACACGCAGAAGCAUGACAGCGACCCAUCGUUUGUAAGACUACGAAAUCCUUUGACUGGUCAGUCUUUUGUUUAUUGCCAUGCACACAUCUUUGGCGUCUGAACUGAAAGCAGUAUCUUUAAAGUGCUUGUUUUGAUCCAUUUACCAAACAAAACCAAAAGGUACACUCAGGGAAGGUCACAAAUACCAGUAUCUGUAAUCACUUUUAGGACAGAACAGAAUCAUGGUCCUUGCUUUUCAUCUCUAUUCACAAAAGGACUGAACUAUUAAAUGACUUUCCAUGCGUGGGCCAGUUUUGUUUGUUUCAUUCAAACACACGUGGACUCAUCAAUACCCCUGAUACAUACUGAUGAUAUGCUCUCAGUGCUCCUUCUGAAGCUCUCACAUUUCGUUGAUCAAUAGUUGGUGAAAGAGUUUCACAUCUGCAGUGAGUCAUCAGUUUUAAUGCAGUGCUGCUCAUACAACUACUUAAAAGAAAUCAUCUUCUCACAAGGAACGAAACACACUCGAGAUUGUUGAUAGACCUCAAGGACACAAUGCCAUUUUGUGAGCAGCACUUAAUGUGACAUGAGUUUUACUAGAAAGAGAACUCCACAGAUCAUCUAUGAUCAAAGAUAAGAUUACUGCAGUGUGAAACUCACAAUUGUGUGGUUUAUUUUUUGCAGACUUACACUCACAAUUUCAGCUUGGAGUCAAAACAUUAUGUACUUAUAAUGAAACAGCAGAAAUAGACAUCAGAAGUACCUGCAUGUUGCUUUGAGUUUCACAGCAGUCCAUUUCUGCACCUUGUGAUGUUAGUUUGCUUUAGCGAAAUAACAGUUCCUCAUUUUUUCUGUCCUGCAGAUGAAGCAUCUCUUUACAUGCUGGGUAGCGGUGAUGUACAACUGUUUGAGGUCAAAGCCUUUGAAGAAGAUUUCCACUCCUGGUUUGUUGGUCAGACAGUACAGAGAGGUAUGUCUUAUUCUUCUUUAGGGUGUUAUGUCCAGAGUAAUCCAAAAACUGCUAGAGCAAUGGCAGGAGAAGAAAGGAAAAGUUCACUGUGAAAAGGUUUUGCAUGAAGCCAGAAUAACCAGCGUAACAGCCAUUACUAACCAGUGCUAAGGCAAGUAUGUACAGUACAGUCCAAAAGUUUGGACACACCUUCUCAUUCAAUGUCUUUUCUUUGUUUUUUUAUAUGACUAUUUACAUUGUAGAUUAUCACUGAAGGCAUCAAAACUAUAAAUGAACACAUGUGGAAUUUUGUACUUAUAAAGAAAGUGUGAAAUAACUGAAAACGUUUUAUAUUCUAGUUUCUUUAAAAUAGCCCCCUUUGCUCUUGAUGACAAAAGUACUUAGUGACUGACUCUGUCAGUCAUGAACUAACCUUGACAAGGCACACCUGUGAAGUAAAAACCAUUUCAGGUGACUACCUCAUGAAGCUCAUUGAGAGAACAGCAAAAGUUUGCAGCGCUAUCAAAAAAGCAAAGGGUGGCUACUUUGAGGAAUCUGAAAUAUAAAACAUGUUUUCAGUUAUUUCACACUUUUUUUCUUAAGCACAUGAUUCCACAUGUGUUCAUUCAUAGUUUUGAUGCCCUCAGUGAGAAUCUACAAUUUAAAUAGUAAUGAGAAUAAAGAAAAUGCAUUGAAUGAGAAGGUGUGUCCAAACUUUUGGCCUGUACUGUAUAUAGACAUAUUUAUAUAUACAUAUUUAUAGACAUAUUACUUGAGACAACAGGCAAUUGUAUUUCCCUUUGGGGAUCAAUAAAGUUCUUCUUAUUCUUAUAUCCGUGUUUUAUUACAGUAAAUAGUAGACGAUAACAUAAAACAAGAGGAUGAGCUGUAAUACUCGACUUUGUAACAGUGACUGAUAGGAUGUUUACAAAGUGUGAGUCAUUAGCUGUAAACAGUAAUAAUAGUUAAAAUUAGAGUUCCUUUAACUUUCUGUCCAGAACUGUAACUGCAUCCUUGUGAAUCAGGUCUUUACGUCUUUUCUAACAGUCUCUCUUUUUUAACAGAUGGCAGACUUCUCUUUAUAACACCGAUGGAUCCUCUCUACCUCAUUCUCCCCUACUUGAUCAAAUCUGGAAAAGAGGUAAGAAAGAGAGAGAGGGCUGUAUUAAUGUUACGGCUGUUUGAGUGACGCUUCCUUGCUGGUUAUCUGAUGACUGUCAAAUGAAAGAUAUGAUCCCCCGGUGUCUGAUUUGAAGUUUAAACCCACAUCUCACUUUUUUCAUAUUCCAAUGUUCAUGAAAUACACAGUUAAUUAAUUAGAGCUAAAAGAAACAACUUAGUCUUUCACAGCUUUAAGAGGGUGGAGAUUAAACAGAGGUUGAUUAUGCUACUUUAAGUUGUUAAAGUAGAUUAUGAUGCUUGUGUCAAACCUUAAUCUGUUAUCUGUGGGAUAUCACUUCUUCAAAUACAGCCUGACUGGUCUACUUACAUUAUUUAAAACAUUUUAAAUCACAUCUAACAGCAUGUGGGUGCAGUUUUACCCCAGCGCUGCCUCUAUCUUGCCUUAAACGUACCAGGAAUCCUAAGAUAUAUUGGUUGGGUGUUAUCCAGGGUGAGAAGAGAUCAAUAAAUCUAUAUCUACACCUCCAGUACCAGUGGGCACACUCACAGGUCCAACUUUCUUGGCUUGGUACCAAUGCUCGGAGGUGGUAAAAUAUCAAACUUGGCUUAUAUAAAGGUUGUGGUUUAUGUGUUUAAACAUAUAAAAAGAACUGUCUUCAUAAUUACAUUGCAAGGUUAGGUAUCUUUGCGAGCUGAAAGACCAUCUGUGCUCACACAAUGUGCCUGGAUCCUCCUGCUGGUGCUAAAAUUUCUAUACAUAAACAACUGCUUCUCUAAGAAUGUAGAUUUUUUCAGUGUGGGUGAACAAUAUUGAUAACAUGUCAUUGUUGUCAAUAGAUAUUACAGUUAAGUGUUUUUCUGCUGAUAAGACAGGCUAAUGGAUGUCACUUGAUUUAUGUCAUUGUCAUGUAAGUCUGAACACUGUGAUGAUUUUCCAUUCAGUACAAACUCCAGCACAGCAGGUGGCAGUAUGUACCUUUAAAAAUAUGACCGAUAAGAAAUGUAAAAUCCUAAGUCAGAGGGGCCGUCUCAUAUUUCUCAGUAAAUGUAUGAAUUUUAAAAGCAUGGUAUUGUGUUUAUGAGUUGGCACUUGUAGCUGAAACACAGUUGAAGGGAAGUAAAAUAUGCUCACAUUAGGAUCUUCAUCCCUGGCCAAAAAGAGACAGAAAAUAUUUUCAAGCGUUAACUAGAAUCUGUAAAAACUCCUGGCUGAAUGUCAGAGAUUUUUUUUCUAGUGCGAGAAUAUUUUACAGAGAGAUAAUAUAAAACAAAAUGUUAUGGUGUCUCAGCAUUUUUACUUACAGCUUAACAGCAGUGUUGUGCCUCUUAUAUGGCAGCUUGUAAAUGAUUGCAAAUUGGCCUUGUAGAUUUGGAGAUCUGAAUGUUUCCAAUUUACUGACUCACUCUGCGCACACAAAAAUCAAAACAUCUUUAAAUCUCUUUAAAUAUUCCAUCUGCUGCUCAGGGGAAGUUUCAGCCUGUGGAUCAAGUCGUUAUGGAUGAAGAAUUCCCGGCUUGCUCAAGGCUGCUGAGCUGCACACACUCACUGGCCUCUCUGCGCCACAUUGCAGAAGAAAAAGGUAGUGUAUACUUGAAGCCAAUGCCAGAGAAUUAUACGGUCGUGUUGUUUUUAUUGUUUAAAAGUUGUUUUUUGUUCUCGCAGAAGUAGCAAACCUAAAGUUCCAUAGAUACAGUCAGGAGAAAACGAUGGAUUGGCUGAAGAAAAAGGUACUCAUCACGACUGUUAUAUAAAUGUGUUCUAGAUAUUCAUAACUUAAAAACAAAAACUAUACAAAGUGUUUUCAUCGGGGCUGGGGUUGAUGAGUUAUUCACACGUAUAACAAGGACAUGUUGUUGCAUCUCUUGUUGGGCUACUACGAUGUAUUUGCUGGUACCACAAAGUGUUCAACUUUGGCUACGUUCACACUGCAGGUUAUGAUGCACAAUUCGGAUUUUUUGUUAAAUCCGUUAUUUUUGUGCGGUCGUUUACAUUACAUCAACGAAUGCGGCAUCUAAUGUGAACACGAUGCAUUCGUGAAGUGACCCACAUGCGCACAAAGCACAAAUCACUUUCCGCGCCUGUUUGUGUUGUCGAAUAAUGGUGACGUUUGUCACAUAUUGAGGACGUAUAGGUCGGAUGAACGCGACCUGAGCGUCCACACUGCAGUCACAUUGGAUACAUAUCUUGAUUAUAUCCACAUACAAAAGAGGCCUGGGUCGGAUUUGAAAAAAUCAGAAUUGCACUGUUCACACUUACAUAAAAAAAAUCGGAUAUGUCACAUGGUUAAGAAUCUGAAUUGCAGUGUGAACAUAGCCUAUGAGUUAGCCAGUCCUUUUUAGUUGUUUAUUUCAAUCACUGACUUUUGGCUCAUCUCAAAAAAUCUAAUGUAUCUGGUGGAUAUUUUGAAUCUACCAGAUACACUGAUAGAUUGUUAUCCAGGUAGGAGUGAAUACAUUUUUUUCUAUCUUGAUGCAGGUGGAGAGGACGGUUGCUGCGCUCAAGAAGAGACAUAUCUCAGUGGGAGAAGGAGUCAAAUCUUCAACAUAUGUCAGAGUCAAGUCAGAGCCAGACCAUAAUGAGGGUGAGAAGCUUCAGCUUAAAUGUUCAAGACAACUAUUUCAACUAUUCCUUCUCCAUCUUCCUGUCUAAAGAAAUGUAAAACAGGUCUUCUUCCCUAACUUCAUUUCUUUGUCUUGACCAGUAGAUGGCAGUCAUAUUUUAUAGUUUAUAUCCAGAGGUUACAGCCCUGCAACAUUUCUCCAACUUGUUACAAUGUUGAACAUUAAGUUUAGGUUUUUCUCGCUGAUUACCUGCAACGAUCCUUCAUUUUUAUGACUUAGAGGACUACUUACGUUACGCGCACGGCCUGAUAUCUGAGUACAUCAGUGAAGACCUGAGCAAAGACCUGCUUAGACACCUUAAGUAAGUGACAUCUAACAAAUUCGCAACGUUUUUGAGCAUAUAUUUGUGCCCAAACAUUGAGAUCAAGUGUGGUUCUUGUUGUGCUUCACAGGCUACCUGAGCUCACAAGCCCAAAAGAGACAGAACCUCCUUCAAAGGUAUGUAUUCCUCAUGUACGUCCUAUUCUUGGUCUCCCUUUCCAGGCUGUGGUAGCGCUCUUUCCCUUUCCUCAAACUAACUCAAACAUUGUUCCUUCUGCAUAAUUUCAUCUUACUAAAGAUGAAAUCUGGUUGCGCUUGUGUGUUUUAAACAAGAGUUCUUUCAUCAGGAGUGGAGGUCAUGUUCUCGGCUUGUUGUGGUGUGUGUUUCUGCGGUGAAAAGUUUCGUUCUCUUUGUCGUGAAAAGCUUUUUUUUUUCUCACUUCCUCAUCUGGCAGAAGCGGAAACUUUCAGACACACCGGUGGAGGCCGGAGAGGACUACACCAAAUUCAACAGUGCAGACUUUGUUCGUAAAGUGAGUGUGUGCAGCAGUCUGCCUGAAUAGACCAAACAGCUAUCGUGAAAAUCUUUGGCUUUGAUCAUCAUUUUUCUUGAUUUUUAUUAUCAUCACCAGGGCGAUCAUUUGUUUGCUUUCAUCUUGGAAUCUUUUUUUCCUCCUUGAGACCUUGAGUGAUUGUUAGUGCGGCUCUUGUUUGCUGACUACUUUCUCUCAGCUUUGUCUGUCUGAGUAUACACAUGGGUCAAAGGGGGCUUACCUUGUACGAAUGUGUUUUUUUUCUCAGUUUGAACUGAACUUGAUUAUAUAUAAUGAAUUCUCUGCUGUCUCUGAGUAAAGUCAACCAGUUUUCUUAUCGAUUUUUUUCUUCCCUCUUUCUAGCCGCCUAAGAAGAUGACUUCUGCUCAGAAAACUCUAGCCAAGGUAGACAAGACUGGCAUGAAGCCCAUGUCGUCCUUCUUCAGCCCCAAGGCCAAAGCAGAAAAGAAAUAAAUGUUGUACAGCAUCUGUUUUGUAUAUGACACAAUUGUAAUAAAGAAAAGAAACUGUAUUGAUGAA